AUGGGGGAGCUGCGCGAGGUGGAGGGCAGCGCGCUGCGGCGGCUGCUGCGCCGCGAGCCGGAGGGGCCGGGGCCGGGGCCGGGGCCGGGCUCGAACCCCAAGCCCGGGCGCUGCCUGCUGCUGGACUGCCGGCCCUUCCUGGCCCACAGCGCCGGCCACAUCCGCGGCGCGCUCAGCGUGCGCUGCAACAGCAUCGUGCGGCGCCGCGCCAAGGGCGCAGUGAGCCUGGAGCAGAUCCUGCCGGCCGAGGCCGAGGUGCGCGCCCGCCUGCGCGCCGGCCUCUACUCCGCCGUGGUGCUGUACGACGAGCGCAGCGCCCGCGCCGAGAGCCUGCGGGAGGACAGCACCGUCUGGCUGGUGGUCCGGGCGCUGCGCCGCGACACGGCGCGCCCCGACAUCCGCCUGCUCAAAGGAGGCUACGAGAGGUUUUAUUCAGAGUACCCAGAAUUCUGUGCAAAAACAAAAUCCCUGAGCAGCAUUUCUCCACCAACCAGCAUGGAGCCAAUCGAACUGGGGUGCAGCUCCUGUGGAACCCCCCUGCAUGAUCAGGGAGGCCCAGUCGAAAUCCUUCCCUUCCUCUACCUUGGCAGCGCGUAUCAUGCGGCCCGGAGGGACAUGCUGGACACACUGGGCAUCACAGCCCUCUUGAACGUCUCGUCGGACUGUCCCAAUCACUUUGAAGGACACUUUCAGUACAAGUGCAUCCCAGUGGAGGAUAACCACAAGGCUGACAUCAGCUCCUGGUUCAUGGAAGCGAUAGAGUAUAUCGAGUUGGUGAAGGACUGCCAUGGCCGGGUGCUGGUGCACUGCCAGGCUGGCAUCUCCCGCUCUGCCACCAUCUGCUUGGCCUACCUGAUGAUGAAGAAGCGCGUGAAGCUCGAGGAGGCCUUUGAGUUUGUCAAACAGCGCAGGAGCAUCAUCUCCCCCAACUUCAGUUUCAUGGGUCAGCUGCUGCAGUUUGAGUCCCAAGUACUGGCGACCUCCUGUGCUGCCGAGGCUGCCAGCCCCUCAGGGACGCUGAGAGAGCGGGGCAAGGCCUCCUCCACACCGACCUCCCAGUUUGUGUUCAGCUUCCCGGUCUCCGUGGGCAUGCACGCAACCCCCAGCAGCCUGCCCUAUCUGCACAGCCCCAUCACCACCUCACCCAGCUGUUAGCGCCUGGCACUAGCUAAGGCACUAGGCAGCGCCUCCAGCAGGAGGGAUGCUGCCCUCCCAGCUGCCGCCAGCCAUGAGACUGCAAGAACUGACUGGCAUCACUGGCCAGCCUUGACACUGAGCAAUAAGGGCUGGUCUGUCGCUGGCUUCAAACUGACCAUAGGGGCCUUUGUUUUCAGAAAGAAACUUCUUACCUCAUAGAUAACUUU